CCAACGACCUCUUACCUUACCAGACACGCCUCCCCUAUUUCCCUCUCUCUCUCUGUCUUUCUCAUUCAUAUAUACACCUGUACAUACAUAUACACGCCUCAAUCUACGUUUCUUCCUUUGUAAUUCUCUCUGGAUCGCCAUGUCCACCGAUCUCGAAUUCUCCGUAAAAUUGCCGAAGAUCCGAUUGUCUGUAAUUGAUGUUGAGAGCAGCCUUAAAUCCAGCUCGGACGAGAGCGGGAGCGUAAUAAUUCAGACCGAAAACAACGGCGACGACGAGUCCAGCUGCCAGACUCCGACAUCGGAGGAGAACAAGAUUCCGACGAUCUUAUUGUGUCCGCCGGCGCCAAGGAAGCAGAGGAGGACGGUUUUGUGUAAGCGGAAGCUGGAGUUCUUCGAGAUCGAUAACUUUCAAGAGGUCGAGGAUUUCUUUCGAUCCAGUUUUGAUUCAAUUGAGAAGAAGCGGUGCACAGCUUGUAAAUGAAACGGUAACGUAUUGAAAUAUUCUGUUUUUAGUGAAUUUUGGGAUUUAAUUUCCAUGGGAUGUAUGUAUUGAUUAUUAUUGUAUUGAAUUAUUACACGAAUAUUAAAUACCACGUUAUUAUCAAAAUUCAGGUCUGGAAAUUAAAUUCCAGACAGUUUGGAUCUGAAUUAUGAGUCCUUUUUUGUUUUUUUCUUUCUUA